AUGCCGGUUACGACUGAGGCGUCGCCGCCAGCACAGAAGCUGACCCGGUAUCGUACCAUCCGGGGCAGAAACGUUCCAGAGUCGCGACGUUAUGUUGAGCCGGAACAGAAACGCGCCGCUGGCGAUGAAGUCGAUUUUUGCACGAGACCUCCACCGACUGUGUCAACACUGUUACCCGCAGCACUGAAGACAAUGAAUGACAGGACCCUCCCACCUCCGGAGGCUCUAGCUCGGCACCCUGUUCAGCAAAUGUCUCCUACUUUAUCAACAGCUAUUGAUCGGCCAGCCGAGUCUGCGUUGCCAACGUUGCUGGCUACAACACUGCCUCCAAAACCUGCUGGUUUUGCGACUGGCCGGACCCAUAGCGUCAAGGUUGCCAAUGGUUCGAGUACCAUCGACGCUGACGAAGCCGCUCAGCGAGACGCAAACACUGAGAUGCUCUUGGCGGAGCAGAAAAGAAAAGAUCUCGAGCGCCUGCAACUCCAGCUCGAAAACCACCAGCCCGUUGCUUCACCCCCCCGGAGCACCGCCCGCGAUAAGCUUGCAUUUUUGUCGCGCCGGCUUGGGCAGCGAACCAUUGCAAGAGACGACCUGUCGACCCCGGCGGUUUCGAAGACAUCGACCGGUCCUUUCAAACUAUCAAAGCUAGCCGGUGUCUCCUUCGAUACCCCUGUGGCAACGCCCCGGACACAACCUUCAGAAGAGCAAAGCGUUGGCCACCUGAAAGACGCAUCCUCUGCACCCGAUAGUGGGACAGCUCGUUCCAGCUCCGGCUUCCUUCAACUCGACAGCAGCAAUGAUAGCAGCUCACUCGUUGAGAGCUACUCCCGUUUUGGGCUAGAGCGCCGGCUCAGGCGUUAUGAGCGCAUCCGCGACAUAAUGAACACAUGGGAUCGCGAUACGGACAAUAGUCUAGCUAUCGUUGGAGCCAGCAACAGCAUAACCGCUGAUCUGGAUGGACGUGGGUCCGCCGACGCUCGCAAGGAUGAUUCUAGCGACUCCGACAUGGCCGUGGAUGCUGACCUUGAAUUAUCUUCGGUUCGGCAAGAUAAGAACAUGCCGCCACCAGGUAUUGCAUUUAUUCAAAUGUACCACUCACAGAAGCUGGGCCGCUGGAACAAGCGAUACAUCUCUCUGAUGGAUGACGCGGGGCAGGUGAUUGCUUCCAAGAAGUCGGAUGCAAUCCGCCUGGCCAGCUUGGCGACCAGCGAAUAUGGUAGCAGCAAUGAUUUUCAAAGUCUCUGCCACCUGUCCGACUAUGAUAUCUAUCGUCCUACUGAGGCGGAGAUGCGCAGGCACAUUAAGCCCCCGAAAAGGUUCUGCUUUGCUGUGAAGAGUCAACAACGCACGGCCGUCUUUGUCAAUAUGGAUAAUCUUGUCCAUUUCUUUUGCAUAGACGACCCGAUGCUAGCUCGGGAGUUUUACAAUCGCGUCUUCGCCUGGCGCAGCUGGUACCUCGUCAACCGAAAGCUAUCCUUGGCCCCACAAGAUACAACCACGAACACUCGACAACAGCAUCAGCUCACAAUCCGAGCCGGCGAGUCACCUUCUUACAGUAAUGUCAAGCUUGAUCUUACUUCACGUCAGCCUCCCGACGUGGGUUUGCGGGUGAAGGAAAGCGAUUACACUGCCGAUACUCGGAGGACGGGGAACGCAAAUGAAUUCGCUGCUGGAAGUCUUUUGGGUUCCGCCUAUGACAGCCGGAAGAAUGCAGAGCCAGCUAAACAGAGCGAAGUUAAGGUCCAGGCACCAGACGGCGUACAGACUCGUAUGCUACCUUUCACAGAAGGUUCACUUCUGGGCACUGACCGCUCGCUCCCUGCUGCUCCCACGGCUGCCAAUUCUGCUUUAACUCCGACCUCUGCCACUGCGGCAGCCAGUCGACACGAGCCGUCUUCGUGCUUCCCAUCGGCAACAGAACAUACUGCGCGGAACCAUGACCAGCCAAGCCGCAGGCCGGCUGCAUCUUCGCGGCCGUCUUCUUCGUCCAGUACCUCGCAGCAGCAGGCUCUUUAUCUCUCCGCAGGGAAGCUUUCAGGACCAACUCACGUCAAAUCUCCUCCAGCCUCUAUGCACCGAGGUCGCCAACCGUUUGUCGACUCUGAGGUUUCUAUGGACCGCCAGCAAUCCCUACGCCGCGCCACCUCCCACACAUCCUCCUUCCGGUAUGAGCAACAGCAACACCCACGGAUGCCAGCACCCCUUAUCGACCUGACACCCAAGUUCCAAGAAGCGCCACAAUGGUCCUUGGAACAUCGCGGACGUGGCGUGCGUGCUCCUCCAGGUAUCACACACCUGGUCGAUCUAGCCACCAGAUCAACCGGAGGGGGCGACCCUACAUUUGAGCCCGCAGCUGCCCCUCUCCGACGCGAUGGCACUGAUAGCACACCGCCUACGCGCUCUAGGACUGAUCUCUGCGGCUUCCUCUUCUGCACUCGAUUCUACGAUCACCUCCCAUGA